GUGGCGCUGACAACAAGAGGGGAAAACGAUUGUGUCGAAAUCUCGUCCCCGAAAUCAGCGUGCAGAGGACACUGACCGCUUCAUGUACGGCGGUCAGAUGUGCAGAUAGAUAAAACCCCAGAGUCAUUUCAUCGUUUUGUGUUUUUAUUUUUAUUAGAUGGUCCUCGAUGAUUUUCUUUUUUUCGGAGGUGCUGAAAUGCAGCCAGCAUCGUUUGAGCGAGUGGCUCCCCCUCCCCUUUUGCCCACAGACACCAUCACCACAUCGCAGGGAGAGGGAGAGAGAGCAAUAGGCAGCAUCAGUGAAAGGAGCCAGCCUUGCUUGUAGGUUAGAGAUUUUUAAAAACAGCACAGACAAAGGAAAACAUGGAUGCACAGGGGAAAAUUCCCUUCCAUCAGGCACCAGAGAGGAUGCGGUGGUCGUCCUGCACAUAGCCGGAGUUAUGCACGGACUAUUCCCUCGUUUUUAAUGAGGCGGGUGGGCACGCACAGCAAGCUGAAAAGGCGGAAAGAUCUCUCCAACCCGUCUGCAAAUUCUGCCUGCGAUGGCUGUGACGGCGCGAUGCUGUUACAGUAUAAAUGAGAAUGUGCCUUUUUCUUUGUAUUUGGUUAUUUUCGUACUCAGUGGCCUUACAAAUGCACAAAUUCGAUACUCCAUUCCGGAGGAGCUGGAGAACGGGGCACUGGUCGGUGACAUUGUCCGGGAUUUGGGUCUGGACCUGAGAAAACUUUCCACGCGACGCAUCAGAAUCACAUCGGACAGCGGACGGAGAUAUUUCACCAUCAACCACAAAACUGGAAAGCUGGUGGUGAGUGACCGCAUUGACCGAGAGACAGUGUGUGAAUUCAGUGGCACCUGUUCGCGCAAUCUGGAGGUGGUGUUAGAGAAUCCACUGGAGGUGCACAACGUGGAGGUGGAGAUUUUGGACGUCAACGACAACGCGCCGCAAUUCCCCCGAGAUGAAUAUCAGCUCGAGGUGUCGGAGUCGGCUCUCCCCGGGUCGCGCUUCCACAUCGAGGGAGCUCAGGAUGCAGAUGAUGGCUCCAACUCUGUGAAGCAGUACCGCCUCAGCCCAAACGACCACCUGGCCCUGGACUCCAUUAAACCCUUUGCAAACAAUAAGCACAUCGAGUUUAUUCUCAAAAAGCCCUUUGACCGCGAGCAGAUGCCCUCCCAUCAGCUGAUCCUGACAGCUAUGGAUGGAGGCACCCCACAGAGAACUGGAACAGCCAAAAUCAAUGUGCGCAUCCUUGAUGCCAAUGACAACGUACCUGCGUUUGACAGCUCCGUGUACAAAGUAAAGCUGUCUGAAAACUCUCCAAAGGGCGCACUUGUGAUCAAGUUAAACGCAACAGACCCUGAUGAGGGCUCAAAUGGGGAGGUGUUUUACUCCUUCAGCAGUUACACACCUGAAAGAGUGAGACAGAUGUUUUCCAUGGACACAGAAACAGGAGAAAUCAGGGUGAAAAACAAUAUAGACUAUGAGGAGACAAACUCAUAUGAAAUGUACAUACAGGCCAUGGACAAGGGCCCGGCUCCUGUGGCAGUGCACUGUAAAGUAGUUGUAGAAGUUUUGGAUGUCAAUGACAACAUUCCUGAGAUUGUACUGUCUUCGCUCUCCAGCCCCGUACGUGAGGAUGCCCGGGCUGACACGGUUGUAGCAUUGAUCAGUGUGAAUGACCGUGACUCUGGACCAAAUAAACAAGUCACCCUGGAGAUCAUGCCCAAUUUGCCUUUUAAGAUCAAGUCUUUCCGGAACCACUACACCAUCGUCACAGCCGCUUUCCUGGACCGGGAAACCAUCUCGUCCUACAAUGUCACUGUCAACGCCGUGGAUGGAGGCACGCCACCCCUGUCUUCUCAAAUGACCUUUAAAGUGGACGUUGCAGACGUGAAUGACAACCCACCUCGCUUUGAACAGACAUCGUAUACUGUUUAUAUUACAGAGAACAAUGCCCCCGGUGCACCUCUGUGUGUUGUUAAGGCCACAGACGCUGAUGCUGGAGAAAAUGCUCGCAUCACCUAUACUGUCCUCAAUGACAACAACCAUGGUAUCCCUGUAGCCAGCUAUGUCAGCAUCAAACCUGAUAUAGGUGAAGCCUAUGCCCUGCGAGCCUUCGACUUUGAGAAGCUGAGAGAGUUUCAUUUUCAGGUUAAAGCCCAGGACAACGGUGUGCCUCCGCUCAGCCGUGUGGCCACAGUGUAUGUUUACAUUAUGGAUCAGAAUGACCAUGCGCCCAGGAUAGUCUACCCACCUGCCAAUGGGAGCCGCACCACAGAGACGCUGAUGAAAAACGCUGAAGCGGGAGUGUUGGUUAGCAAGGUGACGGCAUGGGAUGGGGAUGCAGGGCAGAAUGCUUGGCUGCUCUAUGCCCUGGAGCAGACCAACAAAGACCUUGACCUAUUCAAGGUGCAUGAGUACACAGGUGAGAUCCGCACCACAAGGCGCGUGAUUGAGGACAACUCCACCUCCUUCGUUUUGACAGUGAUGGUGCACGAUAACGGCCUACCGCCGCUCUCCUCCACAGCCACCAUCCAUGUGCACGUGAUGGAGCUGCCCCCAAAGUUGGCCCCUGACCCCAAGCGCAUCAUCAGGCCCAACAGCCCCCUAAUGUUUUCCAAUGUCACCCUCUACCUCAUCAUUGCCCUGAGUGCCACAACCUUCGUGUUCCUGGUCACCGUCUUUGUGCUGGCCAUUGUGCGUUGCCAUGCCUACUGCACCCAGCCUGGCUCCUGCUCCCCGUGUUGUGUCUCCAAGAAGAGUGUUCCAGAGGGGGGCACCUCGGCUGGUGGUGGUGGGGGUGGAGGAAGAGCUGCAGGUGGUGGAGGAGCAGGAGGAGGAGGAGGAGGACAAGGAGGUGGUGGAGGCGCAGCUGGAGGGCAACCCAACAACAACGUGGCCCUUCGCCGCGACCUCAAAGUGGAACCGCAUUAUAUUGAAGUGCGGGGAAAUGGGUCUUUGACCAAAACAUACUGUUACAAGACAUGCCUGACUGCCACGUCAGGAAGUGACACUUUUAUGUUCUACAACACAGGACGGCCACACAGUGGCACCUGGGGCUCGGGCUACGUCACCAGCCACAGUGGACAGAGCCAGUUAUUUGUACGGCGUCUCAGUAUGCCAGACGCAACUGCCAUUCAGCCCAAAGUGCCGAGUGCAGACUGGAGAUAUUCAGCCUCCCUGAGAGCAGGAGGUGUGAUGCAGAGCUCAGUGCACAUGGAAGAGUCCUCAGUAAUGCAAGGAGCCCAAGGUGUCCUGGUUCAGAACUGGCCCACUGCAUCUAGCGCUGCUGAUGCUGAAGGGGGAGAGGUGUCCCCCCCAAUGGGUGCUGGCGUAGACAGCAACAGCUGGCACUUUCGCUAUGGCCCCGGCGGUCCUGGUGCACCCCCACAACACCUGAAACCUGGCGAGGUCCCCCCAGAAGCCUUCAUCAUCCCUGGCUCCCCCGCCAUAAUAUCCAUCAGACAGAACCAGGGAGGAGAGGACGACAAGAGCGAUUUCAUCACCUUUGGGAAGAAAGAGGAAGCCAAGAAGAAAAAGAAGAAGAAGAAGGAGAAGAAAGACAAGAAGGAUAAGGGCAAGGAUGACGGAGAUGAGUAGAGGAGCGGAAAGAGAAAACAGCAAAGAAGAAGAGGGCGUUGUUAAAACAGAGGUACCAACCAAAGUCCACUGGGCAAAAAGAAAAUGUGAAACCUGUUAUAGAUUUUUCCAACUUCAUUUUAUUACCUAUUUUCACUGAUAAUAUUUCAAAGAACCUGGCCUUACCAAGAUUGAUUUUACCUUCAGUCCCUUACUGAGGUAAAUUUUCGAUCUUGCCUUGAUAAACAAUAAAAUGAUUGAUUUUGCUCCACGCCCCUAUGUGCCUAUACACCCAGAGUCAACUCAUGUCAGUCACCUGCUCCAAUAAGGAAGGACCACUCUUUGCCCCUGUCUUCAAUUUUUUGUCCUUUAACCCACUGGGCACGUUGGCACCUCUGUCUUACCCCCACCCCAACUGAUGUGUAAACCAUUCUCUCUGAGAGAACACAAAUACUUUGUACAAGAACAACAAAAAGCUCUGUGCCAGCCAAGGAAAAGAAGAACGACCAAGAAGAUUGAGACAGAUGUAUACCAUCUGGAGCUGGACACACACUACUUGUAAAUAGCACAGGAGAGAGUCACUGAAACUAAGGCUUACAAGACACUGCUGCAGAUUCCUCUGGUAAUUACCAACAGUGUUUCCUGAGAUCUCGAAGAAACCACAUGCACACAUUCGCAUGCUCACACAUUCAAACAUGCAAACACAGAUACACGUAUUUACCAUGACAAAGUAGAUGUGGAAAGCACUUGAGACCUAGAGAGAGGGAGAGAAAUAAGAAAAAAAGGAGAGAAAAUCAACUGAUAUCAAAGAAAUGUGCUUAAAACGAGACACUGCAAGCUUUUUGCCCUGCACAGUCGCCUAUGUGCGGUGCGCAUGUGUACAUCAACUCUCUCAGGAUGGAAGCAGCAUCCUUUGCAUUCACUCUGUAUUUGCUCACUGCAUUUGAAGGACACAGAGAGCUUCAUCUCCAGCCAGAACCCCAACUGAGGAAUGCAGAGAGCACCGGAAAGAUGAAGAGAUGGAAGGAUACCUCACAUUCUCCUGAGGAUCACCGAGGGGAGAAUCCAGCUGAGCUGGCUUGUGACUCCGCUUUCAGUCAGUGGACUCUGAUGAAACCUUAUAGAAUAUUAGAGGAGUCUUGAGAUUUUGAUAACACCUUCUCUUCUCCCCCUGCCGCAGCAAAAGCCUAUGCUUUCUGCUUUGAAUGUUUGGUAGCAACCAGUCCUUACCUGAUACCUUGAGUUUACAACUGCUCACUUGCUUGUACUUGCCCCAAGCUGCCACGAGCCGUCCUCUCCUCUCCCAACUGCCUUUUCUUCCCCUCACGGUCACCCAUCCCCACAGACUGCCUCUUCACGUGAUGAUGAAGUUUGUGAACUUGUUCUGUUUUCAUUUAUUCUCUAAGAGAUUCACUACUACAAACUCCUGCAUAUUUUUCUUUUCUUCCUCAUAGCUUUAACUGCUUUUUGCGUGUCAUGCCCGCCCCCAUUUACCCUUGGACACUGCCCCUAACCCCCCGCUCUGACCCCCCUGCUCAGGAUUGAUCCUGGGAAAUGGCCUGCUCUGAACAUUGUGGUGUGCUGAGAACAGCAUGGAGUAAUGUGGACGAGGCCCGGGGAAGCCCAGUCGGGGGUCGACGCCCUGAACUCUUGUCAGAUGUCUCUCUAAGUGCACAACGGUUCAGUGCUUUUAACUUGCGAAUACUACAGUACACUGUUUAUUUCUUGUUUGUAGCCACUGAUGAGAGGGGACCAGGUGGGAUGAAGCAGAUUACAGGGGUGGAGGGCCGGGAGAAAGUGAGGAGACAGAUGCCGUGGGCUGGCCCUCCACCUCCACGUACAAGAGAAGAAAGUUGUUCUCCAAAUUGAUUGUUUAGGAUCGUUGAGUCGCAUAUUAGCUUUUAUGUACGCUGUAAAUGUAGCGUAGACUUUUCAUAGAUUGUCUCUGCAUUAGUAAUUGAAACCUGCUCAAAGUACGGGCAUCUAGGGAUUCCCAUCCCGCAGCUGUAUCCCACCAAUCCUCUCUCAGGAGGUUUUGAAAAAGGGGCACACUCUUGCCUCAAGACCUGCUUCUGUUGGUUCCCCUCCCCUGCCUGUAACUUGUUGCCACGUCCCCAAAGUUUUGCGGCUCAGUAUGACGUCACUCCAUUAAGUGGCUGCUGCAUGUACUGCUCUAAGGAAACACAUACUAUAUAGAGAAAUAUAUAUAUAAAUAGAUAGAUGGCUAUGAUUUUAUUAUUUUGUAUUAUCAUUUUUCUUCAUUACUCGCACAGGAGAUAUUUGUAUGUACUUCUGUCUCUGCCAAACAUCUAUGUACUACAAUCUUCACGCUCCACAGAUGUUGUAUGGCAUCCACUAAACCUCUUUAGAUAUUUGUAAAUGCUAUAGUGUGAUACCUUUCAACGCAAGUUUAUUAUUUUUUUCUUUUACCAAAUAUGAUUUUUGCUUUUGAAAACAAGCAAAGCAAGAGAAAAAAGGAAAAAAAAAUCACUCUCUGUGUCCAGCUUUGACAUGACGAUCUAACUAACACUGUAAUAUUGUAACUGAAAUAUGUAUGAUCCUAUGAUGAGCUAUCACUUCCCUUUCACUCUUAAAAAAAGAAAGAAAAAUGUCUGAAAAAAAAAAUUCCAGUGUAAAAAAAAAAGUAUAUGUAGUGUAUGCUUGUGUUUAGUGAGCGUUCAUGCUGUCAUUCUUUCCCAAUGUAUGGUGGUGAACUAUGGUGGCAAUGUGCUGUCCUGAGCGGACUAGCCCAGAUCUGUUGUAAAACCCUUUUUGUACACCUGCUCAUCAACUGUGACAGUGAAGUAGUGAUUUUCAUUUAUUUCAUUUAUUUUCAGAUUUUUUUAUUUUACCUAAAUGGAUACAGUGGUAAUGUGUUUUGUUUAUAAAUCACUAA